CUGCCAACCAAACCGACAUUCCAUUUGAAAGUACUGGGACGUAAAGAAGAAAAAAACCAGUUCUCAGGCAGGAGCGCUGCUGGUGAUUGUUUUUGGAACAAGCUCAGCAGCCCAGCUAAAGUAACAUCGCAGGGAUGCAGAGGGCUAAAGCCUUUGGGCACUGUGGGCUGGUUCUACUGAGCCUGUGGCUAUGUAUCCAGUCAGUGCCCAUCUCUGUAGACAACACCAAAGUGACACCCCCAGAGCAGAAACUGGAGCCACCACAGAGCACUGACACAGGACUGCAUUAUGACCGGUACCUCAGGGAAGUCAUUGACUUCCUGGAGAAAGACAACCACUUUAGAGAGAAGCUACACAACACUAACAUGGAGGACAUCAAGCAAGGCAAGCUUGCGAAAGAGCUGGACUUUGUCAGCCACCAUGUGCGGACCAAACUGGAUGAGCUGAAGAGGCAGGAGGUAAACAGGUUGCGGAUGCUCAUCAAAGCCAAACAAGACAUCCAGGGAGGGAACGAUAUGACUGUAGACCACCAGGCAUUGUUAAAACAGUUUGAGCACCUCAACCACAUGAACCCUCACACCUUUGAGGUGGAUGAUCUGGACCGCCUCAUCAAAUCGGCUACCAAUGAUCUUGACAACUUUGACAAGGAGCGCCACGAGGAGUUUAAGAGGUACGAGAUGAUGAAGGAGCAUGAGAGGAGGGAGCGCCUCAAAGCCAUGGAUGACGAACACCGCAAAAAAGAGGAGGAGCAUUAUGAGGAGAUGAGGAAGAAACACGCUGACCACCCCAAAAUCAACCACCCUGGCAGUAAGGACCAGCUGAAGGAAGUUUGGGAGGAGACAGACGGUUUGGACCCGAAUGACUUUGAUCCCAAGACCUUCUUCAAAAUGCACGAUAGCAAUGGAGACGGUUACUUUGAUGAGAAUGAGCUAGAGGCUCUCUUCACCAAAGAGCUGGAGAAGGUCUAUAACUCUAACAAUGAGGAAGACGAUAUGAACGAGAUGGAGGAGGAGAGAAUGCGCAUGAGGGAGCACGUGAUGAACGAGGUAGACACCGACAAAGACCGACUGGUGUCAUUGCAGGAGUUCCUGGAGGCCACCAACAAGAAGGAGUUCACAGAGACUGAUAGCUGGGAGACUCUGGAGCAGAACCAGUUAUACACAGAGGAAGAGCUGAGGGAGUUUGAGGCACAGCUGACCAACGAGGAGAACAACCUGAAGCAGAGGACUGAAGAGUUGCAGAGGCAGAAGGAGGACUUGGAGAGACAGCAGGAGCAGCUCAAUGCCCAGAAGACAGAGCUGCAGCAGGCAGCAGAACACCUGGACAAGUUAAAAGCUCAAAAAGUACAAACCUCGGUUGAGGUCAAAGAGCCAGGAGCCUCUCUAGCAUCACCUCAUGCAGGGCAGCUACAGCCAGUACAACCAGGAAAAAGUCAACCACUGCCGCCUGGCCACAACCAACAAGAUGUACCAGCACAGCCCAUCUCUUAGCAGACCUCACAACCCAAUACUGUGUGUAUGAGAGUGACUGUACAUGUGUGAUUGUUCUACACUAAAUCCCCCCCCUUUGGAGAACCACCUGGUCAAACAGACCCACACAUGCAGCAGUUGUAGUCAAAUGGGUUUUUUUUAAAUCUGCUUUGGGGGAAUUUUGAAUUUGGUGCCAAUUCCCAUUAUGUGCAGUCUUUUCAUAUUACCACCCACUCUGUUUUCAUAAUUUCGUUCCUAUAACAGCAGUAGCAGCAGUUUCUCAUGAUGGGAUGUUGGAAGGCAUGGGCAGAGCUGCUGACUUCAUAAGUGAAUGUUUUGUUGUGAAUACAAAAGUUGUACGUUUUCAUUUUUUGAUUCAGUCAUGUCCUUCUGAUAAACUGAUUUGAAUCAUUUGGUGGGAGAAAAUUGAAUGUCUGUAACACCGUUUGUGUUCAAGCAAUGCAGCUUAGUAAUGAGUGAAAUAGCCCUUACAUAAAACAUUUUUUUUGGGGGGGGGGGGUUUGCUGCUGUUUUGCUUUUAAAGAGCAAUUUGGCACAUAAUCGUAUAGGAGUAUAAAUACUGUAUCCAUAAAAGAUCUGUGGUUUUUUGUAAGGCUAUACAUUUCAAAGCACUGUAUUGCUCUUUGUCAUCGUUUUCUGUUUAGCGUUUGUGUUUGGAUCAGGGUAUGAGUAAUUCCUCUCACCUCUGAGGGUUUUACAAUUUAAUAUCUACUGAGACUGGACAGUCCAUCAGUAGAAGGCAGGUAAUAUGUUGGAUAGUGAUGUCACUAUUGGCUAGCCAUUAUUUCCUGUGGAACAGAUGUUCGACGAAGAUGCGUGGUUCAGUCAGUGAUGCAUAUUAUUAUUUAAAUUCAAAAUAAUUUAAGUUAGUUUAUCAUUUUUGGGAUUCUGAGGAAGUGUUUGUGUGCGUGCACUAAUGUGAAUGUGAAUGCAUUUUGAUUUUGUAAAUCAUACUACAUGAUGUUGAAAAUGGUUUCAAACCUCUUAAUUCUAUCUGUUGCCAUAAAUGAAAUCGCUGUUGAUCCUGAGAAUUUAAAUUCCCUUCUCUCCCUCAUUGGAGAUGGACAGACCAAAGCAAAUUUUCAAGAGAAGACAGAUGUCUGUUGACGAAUGGAUAUGUGAUCAUUAAAAAUGGAUACAACGGAUAAGAAAAUGGAUGAGACGACGAGUUUAAACUUCUGAGCUUUAUCCAACUGGCUAUUUCAUCACUUCUUUCCAGUUUAUUUAUUUUUCUAUGUUCUUUUUGGGGGAAAAAGAAGUGUUUACAACACUUGCGAGGUUGCCACUUUUGAAGAGCUUUCUGUCCACAGCCACACCUUUUGUGUAAUAUAUCGAUACUGUUGUACGGAGUUUGAAUGCAGACAUUAAAGUGAAUGAG